CUGCUGAUCAUCUGUAGAUGCUUUUCUUACUGGCCAGGAAAUCAGAGACGUUUCUCAUCAUCCUUUCUACAAGUGACUCACAACAUCUCAAGCUUCUUGUUUCGUAUUUGUAAGACAUUACUUUCACAUAUGAUGGCGAUGUCUCCUUAUAUCCUGAUUGUCCUGUGUACGUCCUAUACAGUGAAUUCUGACAGUCACUCUCUGCGCUAUUACUACACGGGGGUCUCAGCUCCGGGGUCCGGGCUGCCGGAGUUCUCCAUAGUUGGAUAUGUGGAUGAUCAGCAGAUUGAUUUAUACAAUAGUGAUAUCAAGAAAAAUAUUCCUGUGGCUCCAUGGAUGAAAAAGGAUCCUGAAUACUGGAGGAGAGAGACCGAUAUCGCGAAACAAACCGAGCCUCUUAUCAAACAUGAUGUAAAGACAGCAAUGCGCCGCUUCAACCAAACAGAAGGCUUCCAUUUCUACCAGGUGAUGUACGGCUGUGAGCGGAGAGAUGACGGACGCAUCACGGGAUACGAGCAGCACGGAUAUGAUGGAGGAGAGUUCAUAUUCCUGGACACACAGACGUGGACAUUUAUCCCCACCAUGGCCCAGGCUCAGAUCACCACAGAGAAAAUCAACAGUCCACAUGUACAAGCGGGAAUGAGGAGCAGACAUUAUCUAGAGGAUGAAUGUAUCACAGCCCUGAAGUUAUAUAUUGAGAGUGGUAGAGAAGAUCUAGAGAGGAGAGUUCAGCCGCAGGUGAAGGUCUCCGGUCAGAAGAAAGGUGACACCAUGAUGCUUCACUGCCAGGUGUACGGAUUUCACCCCCGAGCUGUGCACGUGAAGUGGAUGAAGAACGGGGACGACGUUCCCGACUAUGAGACCACACACACCCUCCCCAAUCCUGACGGCACCUAUCAGAUCAGGGUCAGUGCGGAAGUGAUCCCCAAAGAGGGCGAGAGUUACUCCUGUUAUGUGGAUCACAGCAGCCUGGGCGAGCCGCUGAACGUUGUGUGGGAAGCAACACCAGAACCAAGCAAUCGAAAUCAGUGGGUCAUAGCUAUGUUCUUAGCUAUGGUCACAGCUGUGGUGGUCUUCUUUCUUCUUGUUUUUGUUGUUGGUAGAUCUGUCCUGCGUAAAAGAAAGAUACCCAACUACAAGCCACCAGAAGGGAAUAUAGGUUUGAUCAUUUCGGGAUGCAUCUAAGAAGUCUCAUAAUGACAGAAAUCCAGAAUAUCGUGCAGCCCCCGUUCUGCUCCACGUCACAAGCUCAAGUUUCAAAAGAUCCUAUUUGCUUUAUGUCUGGACGUUUAUGCUGUUUUGAAUGCAUCAGAAGAUCACAACAAUGGAGCUCAUGACCUGGGACCACCAAGAAUAUCCAGAGUAAGGCCUCAUGCACACGGCCGUUGUUUUGGUCCGCAUCCGAGCCGACGUUUUGGCGGCUCGGAUGCGGACCCAAUCACUUCAAUGGGGCCGCAAAAGAUGCGGACAGCACU